AUGAUGAAGCGUGCAAAACACAACGAAUCUAGCAAAACGCCGCCACACCUCCCGGCGGACGUCCACCGCGAAAUACUCCUCCGGCUGCCGGCGAGGUCCCUGGUCCGCCUCCGCGCCGUCUGCCGGUCUUGGCUCGCCGCCAUCGACGACCCGAGCUUCGCCAGGGUCUCCGCCGCCGCCCUCCGCCUCCCCGGAUUCCCCUCCCCGCCGCACCUACCCGCGGCCAAUUGCGACGGCCUGCUCCUCCUCGCCGAUAAAUUUUGGUCUAUCUGGAACCCCACCACCGGCGAGCGCCUCGAGCUCCCCCGCGGCGGUUACACCGCCGACGUCGCCGCGUCCGGUCUCGGCCUGAGAUCCAACUCGUGGCGGAUCCUCGGCAGCCCCCCGCCGCCGUCCUCCCGCCUGGAGGGCCCUGGCGUUUUCCUCAACGGAGCCCUUCACUGGAUCUCGCAGGGCCCCGGCGGGAUCUUCGCCUUCGAUCUCCUAACCGAUAGCUUCCGGCAGGUGGGGGAGCCUCCGGCCGGCAACCACCGCAGGGGAGCUCCGGCCGGCAAUUGGUACUUAGACGUGUUUGGUGGGUCUUUGGUCCUGAGUCGGUACAACAACAUAGACUACAGCUUUUCCUCGCAAUUUGAGGUGUGGGUGAUGAUGGAGUACGGAGUGAGUGAUUCUUGGGUGAGGCUUUUGUCCGCGAAGGACCGUAGAAACUUCGAGAUGCGGCUGCCGCCGGUGGUUUACGUGAAGGACGGCCGGAAAAUCCUGAAGCUGGUUCGUGGGGGGUUUUGUUUGUUCGACUUGAAGAGUGGUUGGUCGAGGAGUGUUGGUGUUGGUGGUCGGGAGAUUGGGUGUGAGGACAUGUCGGCGCAGGUUGUGCCAGGAAGCGUUUUCCGGCUGCACGAUAACUGCACAAUAUAA